CAGGAAGUUAAACGAACGACCAAUCACAGCGCUAGGUGCGUUGACCGGGUGCGUUAAUUUAUUUCAACAGGAAGUGUUUUACAUGCGUGGCGCGGAAUGUGAGCGUGUUUGUGGAGGAAAUGCGCAGGGCGUUAUGUUUGUCCUGGACCCCAUGACUCCGGCUGAAGGCAUGGCGACGUUGUUUAAUGACGUCAACCAGCAGCUGGACUUCUCCAGCUGUGGCGAGGAGGGAAACAGCAGUGACACCACGUCUGACGACUGCGUAGCCGUCCACAACCCCAGCCUGGCCUGCAGGACCCCCCGGGUGCAGCGGCUCCGCGGCAGGAGCAGCACGGCCUCCUCGCCUCUGCAGUGCACCAGCCCCAUACCUUAUGCCUCCUGGAGGAAGCUGAGGCUGUGUGAGAGCCCCAGCACACCCAAGAGUUUGCUGUCCAAGUCCACCCAGCCGUUCUCCAGCUUAAAGAUAAGUCACCGUCAGAGGAGCCUGCGCUUCACCUCUGCUGCUGCCAACCUCGUCCAGGCUCCCUCCGUCAACGUCAAUCCUUUCACUCCGGAUACGGUCCGCAGGAAGAGCGAGCUGCAAUGGAGGAGUGACGAAGACGACGGCCACGAUUACAGGAACAAGUUGAAGCACAGCCUCACGUCAUCUGAAGAGGAUGACGAGGCCUUUCUCCCACCUAAGAGACGCGCGGUCCCGGCCUUCAUGCUGUCGCGCUACGAGAGCGAGUUCCUGGAGCUGGAGUGCAUCGGCGUGGGCGAGUUUGGGGCCGUUUAUAAGUGCGUGAAUCGGCUGGACGGUUGUCUGUACGCCAUCAAACGCUCCAGACGUCCCCUGGCCGGCUCUGCCAACGAGCAGCUGGCCUUAAAGGAGGUGUACGCACACGCUGUUCUGGGGCACCACCCACAUGUUGUCCGCUAUUACUCCGCAUGGGCAGAGGACGACCACAUGCUGAUUCAGAAUGAAUACUGUGACGGCGGGAGUCUGGGUGACGGCAUCGUGACGAGAGGAGCGCAGGGUGAGCUGCUGACGGAGGCUGAGCUCAGGGAUCUGCUUUUACAAGUGGCCUUGGGUCUGAAAUACAUCCACAGCUCAGGCCUGGCCCACCUGGACAUCAAGCCAAGCAACAUAUUCAUCUGCCAGCAGCCCAGCGCAGAAGCUGGGUGUGAAGGGGACAGCGAUGGGGAAGAUGACGACGGCUCUUCAGCUGGAGUCCUCUACAAAAUUGGCGACCUUGGUCACGUGACAUCAGUGAGUAGUCCUCAAGUUGAGGAGGGGGACAGCCGUUUUCUGGCCAAAGAGGUUUUGCAUGAGGAUUACUCCAACCUCCCUAAGGCCGACAUAUUUGCUCUGGGCCUCACGGUGCUGCUGGCAGCUGGAGCCCCCUCCCUGCCUCCUAAUGGAGACCAGUGGCACCGUCUCAGAGAGGGGCACCUCCCUCCAGUUGCACAAGAGCUCUCUCCUCCCUUCAAAGAUUUACUUCAGUCGAUGCUGGAUCCAGACCCGAUGAAGCGGCCGUCUGCCAAGGAGCUCUGCAAGCACACCCUUCUGCGGGAAAAGAGGACGGAGAGGCUGGCUGCUCAGCUGCGUAGGGAGCUCAAUGUGGAGAAGUUCAGGACGGCCAUGCUUGAAAAGGAGCUCCAGGAGGCGCGGAAGGCGGCCUUGUCACCGAAGCCGAAUCUCUGCCCUGGGUUGAAACCUCCAAAUAAGCUAGGGUCGGCACCAAGAAUGGGGAGAAGACUCGUCGGCAGGAAAACUGCUCGAUCAGUCAGCUUUGGUUGUCCAGGCUGUGGCGUGUGACGGGCAUGCCCCCCCCCCCCCCCCCAGCCCCCCGUCUAACAAAUGGGACGGGUCUUUGUUACAAGUCUCUCAGGAGGAA